UUUAACGCGCGUGUUAUCUCAGUGUUCAGUAUAGCGCCAGAUUUGAUUCGUUUAACCAUAUGAAUCAAACACGGCGUAAAGGAUCGCCCAGCGUUAUAAUGCACUUCCAACGGAUUAUUAUUUUAACUUGCUGGUUGUAUGUCAGUGCCAGGGUGCGGCCUGAUAUUCCGGUGGAUAAGCCUAGGGAGAAUCCCCAUGCUCCGGUGGCCGUUCCCAGGGUGCGGCGAUCCGGCGCGCUCAUGCCGGCUUCGGUGAGCAUGCAGUCGCUCAAGAACGCCUCCAUCAUGAUCUGCUCGGACGCUCUCAACCAGCAGAUGGCAAGGAUGGUAGAAUUAAGUGACGAACAACUGAAAGGAGUUUUCAAUGACAAGGGUGGCAACUACGUCAAGGAAUACAUGGCGGCAACUGAGGCGGAAGCGAAACAAAACUUCCCCGACAUGUUGCAGAUGACGAGACCUGUAACGGUGAAAGGUUCAAGUUCGCCGUUCAACGAGGCCGCCAACUCCGUUAUGAAAGACGUCAUUCUUAAGGACCUAGUACGACUCACAGCGUACUUCCAAUCACAAAACAUGACCAGCAAUCAUACGGAUGCGUUAACCACUGAUAUUCACGGCGAGACCAGAUCCGCCAGCACGACCACUUCCGACGUCUACCGCGGCACGUCUCCUGUUUCCGGUCCUGGCGGGAUCAAUAACAGCUUCCGACUCUCCUCGCCACACUCGGCACGCCCGAGUUUCCCCUCUACGCCAUCCGGACCUACCUCCGGACAGGCCCCCUCUACGCAAGCCGGACCGACCACCGGACAGGCCCCCUCUACGCAAACCAGACCAACCACCGGACAGGACCCCUCUAUGCAAGCCAGACCGACCACCGGACAGGCCCCCUCAACGCAAGCCGGACCGACCACCGGACAGCCCGCCUCUACGCAAACCAGACCGACCACCGGACAGGCCCCCUCUACGCAAGCCAGACCGACCACCGGACAGGCUGUACCGUCUACCACCGUGGACCCGGAUGUGUCCAAGAGCCUUAGUCAACUUCUGCAAUACGUUAAUGGCAACAUGUUCCACAACAACAGCAGACGAGAUCUGGAUCACUUGUGGAGAGCGGCGAACACCGCACUGCAUCCGGCAUUACUGCUCGAGCUGACACUGGCACGAGAGAAGAGAUUUCUGUCCUCAACCGAUGACUCAAGUACUAUCGAGGACUAUUGCCACGUACGUGGUACGCACACGGAGGACGACAGAUACGUGCACCUGUGCUCCAUCUGCGCUGCCACAACGCGCCUUGCAGACGACUUCUUCCCACGCUAUAUCAACGAGGCUAUAUGUAAAACGGGCGAUACGGACUGCUUCAGCAUUGCCGGAACUCCCCACGGCCAGUGCAAGCAGACUCGGUUCUCGCUGCACAUGAUGCGACGGAAACCGGAGACGUGCCGGAUGUUGCUACACGACGGCGAGGCGCUGGUGUUUGACGACUGGGAGCUGGUACCCACGUGGAUCCGCGUGGCGUGCGAGUGCACCAUCAACAAGCUGUCCACAUUUAGCCGCUUCGCCGGAAAUGAGAACCUGGUCGGCUGAGGGACCAGUGGAGCAGCGGACUGACAGAUAUGGCACUAUUUAAAUGACGCAUCAUCAGAUGUGCACCGUGAAGUUUGUAAAAACUGGAUACCUUUACUCGCCGUUGAAGGACAACAUAACGGAUGCAUCAGACAUCGUCGUUUGAAAAUAUACCCCAACAAAAUGGUAGGGGUUGACAAACGCUGUACAUAUAUACAUGUAACUUGAUGAACUUAUUUUCAUUUUACUAUACUUAGACACCUUAACACUUAUUGUUGUGUAAAACGUUGUGGCAUGGUAUUCAAAUUGUUGUUUUAAUAUUAUGAUUUAACCUGCGAGUGUAGUAUACGAAUGUGUAAAGAUUAGUAUAUUAACGAGAGCUGUCACAUGGCUGAGCGUUCCAUUGUUCUCCUCACUUUGACAUAAGCCUCGUUUUUGGGUAAACUGGGCUGAAUACAUGUGUCUUAAAGUGUCGUGCCAGGUUGGCAUGUGCAGGUCGCAAAGGCUUAUCAUGGUCGAAACUUUUCGCUUCUAUGGUAUUGUCGUUUAAAGGAAGUCUCUUCUUAGUGAAGAUCCACUUUAGCGGGAAAGUUUCGCCCCUGAUUAGCCUGUGCGGACUUCCCAGGCUAAUCUGAGACAACACUUUACGCACAUACAGUAAGCCCAGUUUCCCAGGGCGUGGGCUCAUAUUCUGUUAUUGAACGUACAUUAUGAGUCCUUAGAGAUGUGUCAAGUUACCUUUUAUUAUUUGAAAUAAUUUCACAGAUAAAUGUUGCAUGAAAACAUUAACACGAAUAUUUUACAAAGAGGUAUUAUUUAGUUUAUUAUCAGGACAGAGUAAUAGACCUUGGUCCGUUGCCUUAUAAAACGAUUGCAAAACAGUUUUGUUUCUAUUCAAUGUCUGUAGAUAGCUAUUGCCGCAAAACUUAACGCGUAUCUCCCAUGAGGGUAAAGUUCUGUUGAAAACCGGUACCGGUUAUGAGCUCUGCCAUAUGCCAUUACCAAUGACUCUGGUCACACGUGUGCCGCAUCUAACUGGACUUCUAAUUAGAAAAAGGCAAGAUUCUGCUAAACUGUGUCUUAGAUAAUUAUGAACCUUCACAAACACUCUGCAGGUAUGUGUGGCUCAGGUACAGGUAUGUGUUUGUUGGACUUAGUUGAGCGACCUGGUAGUAUAGCUCAAACUAUUUGUUAAAUUGUGAAGCUUAAACGGAAGGUUUUACUAGCGACAAGAUGCAGUUGCAAUAUACACGUAUUAACUUAUAGUCCUGUGAUUAAGCAACCUUCUAAUUUAAUUAUUUGCUCUCUUGUGUUUUUCGGCACUAUAACAUGAAAAUGUAUACAAAUAAAAUUCACAUUGGCGCAUAACUUCCAA